AUGGAAACUAACACAUCAUCCAAUGUAUGCGGCAAUGUUCAUACACUUCGAAAUAUGUGGAUGUCAAAAGAAAAAGAAGAAGAAAAACCAAAACGAUCAAUAUUGCCUCCAUCUUAUUCACAUUCGAAGCAACAACGAGAACAAUCACUGAAAAAUAACAUACCGACUUUGAAAAUUACGCAUGAGACAACAAUUACUACUGAAACAACAAAAAAAGAAUCGUCAAUUAUAUUAAACAAUGAUAAAACAACUACUUUUGAACCAGUGAAAGAAGUACCAUCGAUUGAAAAGAAAAUUUCUUUAUCAAUUCCUUCAUCUCAACCUGCAAUCACUUUAAAACAUCAAACUCAAUCUAUGACAACUGUCGGCCAGGCUACAGCUACUGACAAAAAACAAAAUAUUAUUUUUAAACAUCCAAAAACGAAUGGUAUUCGUAAUUGGCAAAUAGUUCGUCUUAUUUUUCGUAGCGGUCUUGCACUUAAUCGAACAAGACGAGCAUCUGAUACUAUGGUACCAUUAUUAAUGAAAACAUAUAAAGUUAACCAACGUUCUCGUACAAAUAGUACAGAUAGUACACAUAGUCAACCACCAUUUGAAACUCUUGUUGAUUAUUUUACUCAUAAUAUAGAAUAUCACAACGAAGUUUUAUCUGUACCACAAAGAAUCAAACGUUCACCAUCGUACACAAGUUCUUGUAUGCGUCGAAAUAAACUCGAUGAAACAAUUUUUCAGUAUGAAAUGAUACUUCGUCAUUUAAAAAAUUAUGAUGAAUUUAUGUCAACACAUCCUUUACCAUCAUCAGAUUCAUUAGUUUCUACGAAACAACAACAACAAAAACUAUUUAAUACUCAACAAAUCAAUAAUAAAAAUGAAGAAAAAGAAAAAAUUCAUGAUAAAACAUUUAUUUCAAAACGACAAACACAAUCAUUAUCAAGAAAUGUUGGACGUACAUUUUCUGAAUUUAUAAUAAAUGAUCUUUUCUUAUCACCAUCAUCGAAAAAAUCACCGAAUGAACAACAAUCUAUAAGUAUUUCGCAUGCUUCAUCACAAACAGAUUUAUUUGAACCAAUUCAUAGUAUUAACAAUCAAACCAAUACUUUUUCUGAAACAGUUCGUAAUCCUGAAUCGGAUCGAAAUAAUAUCGUGACAAAUAAAGAAGAAGAAAAACAGGUUGUUUUAAAUGAAUUUGAUACUAUGCUUAAUAAUAAUGAUCAAGCAACAUCAAUAACACCUAAUAGUCAAAUCAAUGUUAUUGUUGUUAAUUUACCUACUGCGUCAAAAGAAGAGACAACAGCAUCAAGAGAAAAACCACUUAUGCAACGUUUAUUUGAAAGAAAAAAAUCUGCAUACAGUCCAGAUGAUCUUAAUAUGCAACCAAUUCGAUUACCUGAGGAAAUGAUGGAAACAUAUGAGAUUGCAAAAAAAAGGUGUAUUUUUGAUUCAGAAAAACUCAUUUAUACAACGAAAAUGAUAAAAAUUAGUCGUCACAGCUAUACACAACAUAUUCGAUUGCUUUGUAUCACAACUGAACGAUUAUAUAAUAUAACAAAAAAAAAUCCAUAUUCUAAAGAAGGUUUAUUUUUUAAUCAAAUAGUGGGUAUUACAUGUACACCAUAUAAAGAUGGUUUUAUUUGUAUUCAUACAAAAGAAUCAUAUGAAGAUCGAGGUGAUUGGCUUGUUCUUGUUGAUCAUCCAUGUGAAUUUAUUACACAAUUAUUUAUAACUAUGGGACGCAAUGAUAAUUCUGAUGAUUUUCUCAAAAUUGCAACAGAGUUCACACAUCAUCGUCGUUAUUAUGGAGAAGAAAGUUCAAUCACCUGUUUGAUCAAAGUUCAGAAAGCUGAAAGUUUUUCAAUUAAAAAAUUAAAUUAUCGAUCUGCAAUUCUUGUAAGAACAAUCAAAUAA